CUUGUAGAUCCCACCAGCACCAUUAAGAGUUGGGGAAGGUGAACCACCUCCUUCUUGGGAUCCGGUACCAACUCCAAUAGCGAUGGUUGGAAAAGGCUCCCCAAAGCUCAAUGUGAUUGCAAGGGGGUCGCCAAAGUUGAGUAGGUUCCUACCUACAACAAGUGCUAUAAAAAAGAAGCCUUCUCCUACAUGCAGUGGGGCAAAGAGGAGUGGAGGAAAACAAAGAGCGGAUUGGAACCCAACUCUUGAGAAAUCACUUGUUGAAAUUCUGCAUGAGUAUAAAGAUAGUGGCUAUAGAAGUGACAACAGUUGGAACACUGAAGGGUGGAACAAGAUGGUGAAGGAGUUCCAUCUGAGAAACAAGUCUGUCUCGUACACAAAGGCACAAAUUCAAGAUAAAGAAUGUCAGCUUAAGAGAGACUACAAAAUGCUCAAAGCGGCAAGAAUGCAAAAUGGGUCAAAAUGGAAUGAGCAAAGAAAUAUGGUUGAAGGAUCAGCCUCAAUGUGGGAGAACCUCAUAGUGACUUUCCCCAAAAUCAAGAAGUUUCAAAACAACAAGGCAAGCUUUCCGCUCUUUGAUGCUUUGGGAGAACUCUAUGAUGGUCAUCUGGCUGAAGGGACAUACAAUUUCACUUCUAUUGAGUCAGAACAUGUGGAAGAACCCCUUCAACAAAUUGAUGUUGUAGAGGAAGAAGCUGAGGAAGAAGCCCUACAGGAAAUUCAUGAGAUACGUGAUGAAGAGGAUGAAGAAAAAGAUGCAAGAGAUAAAGAAGAGGAGGCAAGAAGUGGACAACGAAGAAUGACUGCAUCAAGAAAGAAACCAGAAAAGGAAGGACAAAGGCCUAGAAAGAGUGCAAAAAUUGAAGCUAUGAUGGAGAGAUUCCUUGAAAUGAGGACAAAGCAAGCAGAAGAUGAAGCUCAACAGCUAGCAAGAGAAAAUGAGACAAGAGAAAAGGAGGCAAGAGAUAAGGAGGCUGCUAAAGGUGAUGAAUACUCCAUCAAAAGGUGCAUAUCGAUUAUCAACAAAAUGGAAGUGACCAAACAGGAAACGGCCAAAGCUUAUGCAAUCUUCACCAAGAGCAAGGAAAACAGAGAGACUUUUAUUUGUGCUAGUGAAGAAGAUGAAGAAUCCGCUUUGAUUUGGCUUAGGAAUGAGAUGGUCUAG